AUGGGGAAGAAGCUCUUAGCUGAGAAUGCGGAAAAUUCAACGGGAGGCGCAAUUACUGAAGUGCGAAAUGCGGACGACAAGCGAGAGGCUAAGAAGGCCAAAAAGGAGAAGAAACUUAAAGCCGAGAAGAAGCGGAAACAGGAGGAAUUAAGCAGCGAAGCCCCGGAGGGAGCUGCGUCGGCUCCAGCGAAAGGCGAGAAGAAAAGCAAGAAGAAGCAGCGAGCCGAUGGCGUGUCUUCGCCAGGUGCUUCCCCCGAUUCUUCCACCGACAGAGUGUCCUCACCCCCCGCCGCCUCCCCCGCGGCGCCUCCCGCGCCGGUCCACGCGAAACUCGAGAGCUGGGCUGACGUGGACGUCCGCGUGGAAGGUUUGGAGAUUGACGGCGAUUCGUCCUCCGCGGCGUGCCAACCUCUCCGCCCGCUGACCACGUUCGCGGAAGCCGCGCCGCAGGUCCCCGCGGAUCUGCUCUCCGCGUGCGCGUCGUUCGCGUCCCCCUCCCCCAUUCAGCGCUGGGCGUGGCCCGUGCUGCUGCGCGGGCGCGAUUUGGUCGCGGUAGCGGCGACAGGCUCAGGGAAGACUCUCGCGUUCGGAGUGCCCGGGCUGAAGCACGUGCUGGAAGUGCGCAAGGCGGGGGGAGGCGGAAAGGGGAAGCAGCGUGGGUCCGCGCAUCCGUCGAUGCUGGUCGUUGCGCCAACGCGCGAGCUCGCCCAACAGAUCGCGGAGGUGCUAGAGGCGGCGGGGAAGCGGUGCGGCGUGGGGGUUGUGUGCGUGUUCGGCGGCGCGUCGAAAGGCGGUCAGCGGGCCGCUCUCGCGCAAUCGCCUGGUGUCGUGGUGGCGACUCCGGGGCGCCUUAAAGACCACAUGCAGGACGGCACCAUCUCCCUUGCGGCGGCAUCCUUCGUGGUGUUGGACGAGGCGGACCGCAUGCUCGACAUGGGAUUCGAGCUGUUUGGAAAGGAAGUUAUUUUUAUAGUGUUGGACGAGGCGGAUCGCAUGUUCGACAUGGGAUUCGAGCCCGACAUGGAAAGUAGGGACCCGGAUCACCGCCAGACUGCCAUGCUGAGUGCCACGUGGCCGCCGGAAAUCUCCAAGCUGGCCAGCGAUUUCCUCAGGAACCCUGUCAAGGUGAUGGUGGGGAGGAGCACGGGGGGCAUGUCAGCCAACGACGAUGUGACGCAGAUAGUGGAGGUGGUGGAGCCGUGGCAGAAGAACAAGCUGCUCGUGUCGCUGCUUGAGAAAUACCACAAGUCCAGGAGCAACCGCGUGCUCGUGUUUGUGCUCUACAAGGUGGAGGCAGCACGUAUCAACCCUUUCUCCUUUCCCUUUCCCCCCAUUAUUUGCCCUCCAUCCACUACCCACCCUCCCUCCCUCUCCCUCCCCUCCCAGCAAUCGCGUGCUCGUGUUUGUGCUCUACAAGGUGGAGGCAGAACGGAUAGAAGCGUAACAUUCUUUUCCAUCCUUCCUCCCUCUUCCUCCCUCUACUCCCGCUCCCCUUUGCUGCCCGCCUCCCUAUCCCCCUCGCAGCAACCGCGUGCUCGUGUCGCUACAGACGUGGCAGCGAGAGGGCUUGACAUUCCCAACGUUGAGGUAGUCAUCAACUGCACCUUCCCCCUCACCACCGAGGACUACGUGCAUCGAAUCGGGCGCACGGGUAGGGCAGGCAACAAGGGCAUCGCGCACACGCUCUUCACCUCAGAGGAUAAGGCACGAGCAGGCGAGUUGGUGAAUGUGCUGCGGCAAGCCAAUCAACCAGUGCCCGAAGGUCUCUUCAAGUUUGACCUCUCUGUCAAGAAAAAGGAGUCCAAGCUGUACGGUGCACACUUCAAGGACAUUUCUCAAGUCACGAAGAAGGCCACCAAGAUUACAUUUGAUUCUGAUGAUGAUGAAUAA